UCCCGCUAGGCUGAGACCGGCGCGCGGCGCGCUAGUGGCCGCUCUUCCGCGGGCGAGCGGUGGGGGCGCCAGCAGCGUGGAAGGCGGGCACGCGGGCCAUGGCUCCCUGGGCGGAGGCCGAGCUCUCGGCGCUGGACCCGCUGCGCGCGGUGUGGCUCACGCUGACCGCCGCCUUCCUGCUAACCCUACUGCUGCAGCUCCUGCCGCCCGGCCUGCUCCCGGGCUGCGCGAUCUUCCAGGACCUGAUCCGCUAUGGGAAAACCAAGUGUGGGGAGCCGCCGCGCCCCGCCGCCUGCCGCGCCUUUGAUGUCCCCAAGAGUCUUACUCUGUCACCUACGCUGGAAUGCCAUGGCGCAGUCUCCGCUCACUGCAACCUCCACCUCCUGGGUUCAAGCAAUUCUCCUGCCUCAGCACCCCCAGUAGCUGGGAUUACAGGGUUUCACUCUUGUUGCCCAGGCCGGAGUGCAAUGGCGCAAUAUCGGCUCACUGCAACCUCCACCUCCCAGGUUCAAGCGAUUCUCCUGCCUAAGCCGCCCAGCAGCAGGGAACACAGAUAUUUUUCCCACUUUUAUAUAAUCUCAGUGCUGUGGAAUGGCUUCCUGCUUUGGUGCCUUACUCAAUCUCUGUUCCUGGGAGCACCUUUUCCAAGCUGGCUUCAUGGUUUGCUCAGAAUUCUCGGGGCGGCACAGUUCCAGGGAGGGGAGCUGGCACUGUCUGCAUUCUUAGUGCUAGUAUUUCUGUGGCUGCACAGCUUACGAAGACUCUUCGAGUGCCUCUACGUCAGUGUCUUCUCCAAUGUCAUGAUUCACGUCGUGCAGUACUGUUUUGGACUUGUCUAUUAUGUCCUUGUUGGCCUAACUGUGCUGAGCCAAGUGCCAAUGGAUGGCAGGAAUGCCUACGUAACAGGGAAAAAUCUAUUGAUGCAAGCACGGUGGUUCCAUAUUCUUGGGAUGAUGAUGUUCAUCUGGUCAUCUGCCCAUCAGUAUAAGUGCCAUGUUAUUCUCGGCAAUCUCAGGAAAAAUAAAGCAGAGGAGGUCCCAUAUUUUCAUUUUGCACUGGGCUCAGCGAAUUAUAUAGCCAGCAAUGACCACAACCAGUCCUCCAUCCUUCUGCUGGGAACUUGGAUGCUAGAGCUCUUGCAGCCACACUGGGCCAUGAAGAUAAAGGUCACCCCCUAGGAAUGAUAGAGCAGAAAGCUGGAAGGAACCUGGAUCCCUGAUCUCUGUGGAGCCACUGAACUGCCUCUAAUGAAGGAAAACAUUUCUCUCUCAUUUACGCUGCAUGUUCUUUUCGAUUUUAUGUUAUGUUUAGUGGAGUAUAAUCCUAAUUUGAUAUAAUUGCCAACUUUUAAAAAUUAGGAAAUUUCACACAAAUAUUCAGCUCUCUGGCUUUUCUCUUGAAAAUUUGGUGCAUCUGACAAAACAUGAGGUCAUGCUUCCCAUUGCAGCAACUGACCUGAGCAGGAUAAUGGAUGCCUGCUUCAGACAGGGCUGGAGACCUCACCAAUUUUUUUUCCUUCAUUUAAAUUGGGGAGCGGGGCAAGAUGGAAAAAUUGUGGAUGCCAACUUUAUAACUUUGUCUUUCUCCCUGCAUCAUUUUUAGCAAGAACAUUUCGACAUUGGUGUAGUCCACAAGGGAAGAUACUGAGAGAGGAGAAAGGAAGAAACCUUUCAGGCAUCAGUUAGGGUGCGUCCUUGGUUAAAUUCUUUCAAACAAAAGAAUAGCCUGAAAAAUCAAGCUGCAGGCACAGAUAAGGGGAUCUGCACAGGUGGCCUUGCCUAAGACAUUCCCACAGCCGCACAGAUAUGAAAGUCUACACAGAUGACUUGCCCAGAUAUUUCUGCAGUGGAAAAUUCCAUCCCCUGACACAUGCACAGUAAGGGGAACAAAGCAAUAUGGAAUAAAACUUAAGCUAAGGGCCCACAUGCACACUAGAAGGAUGAGGUGGAGCUACCAGAAAUUCAUGCCUUAUGCAAAUGAGAUGCCCAGCCCUCACCCGUUCUUAUAAAAGCCUUUGCAGUCACCUGUAAAAACAGCAACCCUCCUCCGGGUCCCCUCUCCACUGUGGAGAGCUUUCUUCUUUUGCUUAUUAAACUUUCGCUGCAACUUCA